AUGCAAUUUAUUGCAAUAAAAAAACUACUAAACAAUCAGAAAACAUUGCUGAUUUCGUGAGUUUUUUUUCAAAGUUUUUUUCCAGAAAUUAAAAAUGAAUUUUUAGAAUCGAUGGCUCGAUGCGUCAUCUUCUUGAUAACAAACAAUUUGAUAUCAAUUUGGGAGAAAUUUAUGAAAUUGAGUUGAAGAACUUUGCACCUGAAAAAUUGAAAAUCGUCAAACAUUCAUCGGAUCUUCGUUUUGAGAUUGGAAAAACGGAUGUUGAGGGCAAAAAUACAUUCGCAGUUUUGAAAAAAGAGAAUAGAUCAGUGUUUUUUGAUUCAAAAGUUUUUGGGCGAGUUGCUUGUAUCGAUGAAAAUGUUACGCUUUCGAAACUUGAUGAAGCACAUCCGAUUAUUGUCACUUUGUAAGUUAUUUAGAAGAAUUAUCAAAUAUGAAAAAUUUAAAAAUAAAUUAUAGUCAUCAACUAAUGACAGUUUUUUUAAUCAACAAAAUAUGAACCCUCAAUUUUCAGAAUCACGGAAGAAUUCAAAAUCGGCGAAAAUUCGAUUUGUCAUUGGGGUGCACGAAUCGACACCGAAUAUAUUCCAAAACCAUCACAUCCACAAAAAUCGAAAAAGGAGAAUACCGAACCAAACAAAGUGCAAAAACAAUGUAUCGGAGUUGUGACAAAAGUGGAAACAAACGACAAAAAUGUGAAAUCGUAUUUUUGUUGGCUGACUGAUCAACAUAUUUCUUCUGUCAUGUUUGAUCAGCCGAAAAAAUUGUUGAAUUUGCAACGUGGCGAUUAUUUCAAUGCAAAUUUUGUGAAAUAUAAAGAUGUAAGUGAUAAUGUCAAGAUUUGACAGUUCGAGCUUUUUUUUUGAAUAUUCAAACUUAAAAUAAAAUUUUUAAACUCUACCUUUCCAGACCGAAAAAUGGAAAUUCGUCAGUUUCAUCGAAAUAAUCGCUCAACCGCUCACAAAAUUCAAAUUAUUUAAGGAUACCAUAAGUUUAGAAGUCGAACUUCACAGCAUCAAACCAGCAAAUAAUUCUGAAUUUCGUGCAAAUGCAGAAGCUUUCCACCCACUUUUUGGAAAUAUAGUCGAUGUUUGGGACAAUUUGGAUGAUUGUGAUGUUUCGGAACCUAUUAAAGUUUUGAUUGUUCUUCAAAAAUAUGCUGGGAAUUUUUGUUGGGCGAUCUCGAAAGUUAUUGAUUGAUUAAUUGGCUAAGAUUGAUUAUAACAAACAAUAAAAAACAAACGAGAAAUGAAAAUUUGAAACAAAACAAAAAUUGAAUACCUUGUAUUAUUGAAUUAAAAACACGUGAGAAAUAAAAAACUAGGUCAAAUGAUGUGGAUUUAAAAACAGUAUAGGUAGCCAUGUCGUCAGUCGCGAUGCGGUUCUGCGUUGCGUGUUGACCUCGAUAUUUUCCAUUGAAUUUGCCAAAUUUUCAUUUCUAAAAACGUGUCGCUCACACGCAUCGCAACUGACGACAUGGCUACCUAUACUGUUUUUGAAUCCACGUCACUUGACCUAGUUUUUUAUUUCUCACGUAUUUUUAAUUCAAUAAUAUCUAUUUUUUAUUUUUUUCCAUAAAUUCGUCACUUGGAAAUUGUCAACGUUGAUUUUGCUUGUAAAGCUCGAAAUUCGGCUAAACUUUCUUGAAAUGAAAAAAAAAUAAAAUAGCUCUCACCGUAGUUUUUUAACGACACACAACGUUUUCAAAACUGGUCUCGUCACGAUGCAGUGUUUCUUUCAGAAGGCGAACAUUUCAAAUUUAAAAAGAUGUUUUUUUAUUUUUUUUUUUUGGUUUUUGAAAAUUUUCAAAUUUGUUCAAAGAAGAAGAAGUUCAAAAUCUUUCAGGGAUCAAACUUGCCAACAAUGGUGGAAAAAGAAAUGAUGAUUGCGAUCAAACAAUUUCAAAAAGACAAGAUUCUUCUCAUCUCGUAAGUUAUCAAGAACAGAAAAAGUGAAUUCGAAUAAUCUGUUUUUUAGAAUAGAUGGAUCGAAAAGAUACUUAGUCGAAAAAGAAACUUUGAAAAAAAGUGGAUUGGAUUUGGGAAGUAUUUGUCAAGUCGAUAUCGAAAACUAUUCUCCAGAAAGUUUCAAGAUGAUCAAGCACAAAUCUGGGUUGCACUUUGAAGUUCUCGGAAAAACUCUGGAUUCCGCAGUUGGAAGAGGAACUUGUGGAGUUUUACGAAAACAAAAUGGAUCUGUAUUUUUUGAAUCAAAGAUUUUUGGAAGAGUCGCGUGUGUUGAUGAUAAUAUAACAAUUUCGAAACUCGAUAAAUCACAUCCAAUCAAUGUUACUAUGUAAGUUCAACUAUUCGUUCGAUUUUCAAUUUUUUUUGCACAGAUUAUCAGAAGAAUUCAAAGUUGGUGAGAACUCAGUUUGUCAUUGGGGUGCAAUCAUUGAUGAAAAUUCAGUUGUUCCUUCGAAAGUCGAUAAGGCAAUCGCGUCCAUAAAGCACUUAAUUGUGCAAAAAGAGAAAAACAAUAACGUUGUCAAAAAUCCACAAAAAGAAAAGGAAAAAUCUCAAAAAAUCUCGGAGAAGAUCCAGAAACAAUGCGUUGGAGUUGUCACCAAAGUCGAAGAUUCCGAAGAAAAUAUCAAGUCAUAUUUUUGUUGGUUAACCGAUGAACACAUAUCUUCCAUAGUUUUCGAUUCAGCUAAAAGAGCUCUUCAUCUUCAAAGAGGCGAUUUCUUUCGCGCGAAUUUCGUAAAAUUCAAAGGAUGUGAUAAAUGGAAGUUUGUGAGCUUUAUCGAAAGAAUCGAGCCAUUGACUAUUAUUUAUUUCCACAAAGAUACGAUUGGUUUGGUUGUUCGUAUUCAGAAUAUAAGAUUUGCAAAUAACGAAGAAUUUCGAGCAAAUACUGAAGCAUAUCAUCCGAUUGUUGGAAAUAUUGUAAGAUUACUAUUUUUGGUGACAUAAAGUCACUUUUUGGGAUGAAAAAUAAGGAUUUUUGCUGGUUCUCCAAUAAAUCUUGAAAACCUCUUUGGAAUUCUGGGAUUCAAAAUUAUUUUUUCUAUUUGAAAAUUUAUAUCGAUUUUACUAAAAUUCUUUUUGAAAAAACUUUAUAAAACAUAUAGUUUAAUUCCAUAAAGUUAAAUCCAAUAUACAUUUAUUUCCAGAUUGAUCCGUGGAAAAUCCUCAACGAUUCUGAUUCGGAUGGAAUUGAAGUCAAGAUUGUUUUACACAAAUUCACUGGAACCUAUUCGUGGGCGGUUUCGAAAAAAGUAGCCUAA